AUGGCUCCUAUCCGCGUCGGCAUCAUCGGCCUCAGGGCAGGCUACGUAGACAAGGGAAUCAUGGGCAACCUGGGCCACUGGGCCUUCAUAGGGCAUCUGCGCUCCAUCCAAGCGAUGCCAGGGGACUACGAGAUCGUCGCAGUGUGCAACUCGACGGUCGAAUCCGCCCAGAAAGCCAUCGACGGCUACGGGCUGCCCGCCAAGGCCUACGGUGGCCCCGACGACAUCGCGAAGGACCCGCGCGUCGAACUGGUCGUUGUCGCCGUCAACGUGGAGAAGCACUUCGAGCUGGCCAAGCCCGCCAUCGAGAACAAGAAGGACGUCUUUGUCGAGUGGCCGCUGGGAGCUACCCUGAAGCAGUCUGAAGAGCUGACCAGGAUGGCGGCCAGCGCGGGCGUCAAGACCAUGGUCGGUGUCCAGGCGCGGGCAGACCCCAUGGUCGUCAAGCUGAAGGAGAUCCUGGCCUCGGGGAAGAUCGGCCGCGUCGUCAGCACCUCCGUCGUCAUCAACUCAAGCUUCGCCCCCAUGGACGCAUGGGUCGAAGGAGCCGAGUACUACUUGGGUAUCGAAUCUGGCGGCAACGAGUACUCCAUCGGCUUCGGCCACUUCUUGGAUACCUUCGUCCAUGUUCUGGGCGACUUUGCCGAUCUGCAAGCCAUGCUCAAAACCAACGUCACCAGCCUCCCCGUCAUGAACGCAAAGGGCGAAGUCGUCAAUCCUUCGCACGCCAAGACAUCGCCGGACCACGCCUUCGUCCAAGGCACGCUCGAGAGCGGGGCAAUGGCCUCGAUCGCAGUCAGGAAGUCCCAGGCCGCCGUCGACGGCGUGGGUUUCCGCUGGUUCAUCACCGGCACCGAGGGCGAGGUCGGGAUCGUCACGGGGGAAACCAUGUGGCAGUUCGCCGACCCGAAGAGGACGCUGCGACUGAAGGUCGGAAAGAACGAGGUCGAAGAGAUCGAGUUCCUGGCCAAGGAGGACGAGCUUGAAGCCAAGGUCCCGUUUCCCGGCACGAACUCAGCUCGCCAGUACCAGGGCUUCGCCAAGGGGGAUACCGAGACUUGCGCUACUUUUGAGUCGGCUCUGAAGACGCACCGCCUGCUGGAUGGGAUUCUUGUGUCUGCCGGCUGGAAAUCGGUUUGA